AUGACUCAAAUCUCAUUAUCUUCGCCGCCGAGCACCUUGCCGCCGCCUACAACCACAAACGCCGCUCCAUCAAGACCAACGAUUUCACGGAAUCCCCUCGACAAGAAGCUCAAUCGCACAAUCAUUCUCGCCGCCCAAACCUUCCCGGCUGUCCCAAGUCUCCUUCCAGAAAUGAGCUUCGGCCGCCUCGGAUACCAUGAGGGCUACGUAGCUGGCUGGUGGACCGGCAAGCAAGGCGGAGCCUACAAGACCAACGAAACCGACGCUAUGCCGUAUUGUCGUGGAAGCUGCCGGAACGACCAGCGCGAUGCAUACAACGACGGGUAUCGGAGUGGAUACGACGUUGCCUGGCUUGCAGCGACACAGGGCGAGCCGCUUGGGUUUGGCUAUGUCCCGCCUACGAAGCCUGAUGUCAGUCUUGCUGCAGAGCAAAUGGAGGAUCUGGCCAUAGUGGCGGCGGCGCUGCUUGCUGUUGUUACUGUGAUAUGGCAGCAGCUGUGA